AUGGCAGACACCGGCAAUGUGUCCCUCGAAGAAAUCAAAGCGUCCGCUGCUCGGCUUGAUACAGAUGAUGAAGAGACAGAAGAUCAUUGCAUUAUCUGUCUCCAGAGUGUGGAGGAUCGAACAGUGCUGAUCAACUGCGCACAUGAUCGCAUGUGUUUUGAAUGUAUUAGAAAAUGGACUGAACAGUCACGACGAUGUCCUCUGUGCAACACACCAAUUGGAUCCCAUCUCAUUCACCGCAUCCGAUCCGAAUACGACUACCAAAAGUUUUAUCUCGAACCACUGAGGACAUCUCCUCCACCCCAAAAUAUUCUCACAGAGGCUAGGAAUAGCUAUCGUGCGAGGACGAGACGACCCUCAUCCGCAGCUCGCGAAAUCGAACAAGACAACCUCGAGCGCGCAAUCGAAAAACGUCGAUGGGUGUACAGACAUGGCUUGUUCGCCAAGCACAUUGCCUCCAAUUCCCACACCCGCUUUCGUCCCAAUCCAACUCCGGCCCAGAUCUCCAACUCUCAGGAACUCCAGAGCCGCUGUCAGAUGUUUGUCAGGCGCGAACUGAGGGUCUGGCCGAAUCUCGAUGUCGAGUUCCUGACCUCGUUCAUCCUCUCCCUCGCCAAAUCAAUCGACAUUCGCACUGAACCAGCUGUCAAACUCAUAUCUGAAUUCUUCGACAUUAACGGGCGGCCGUCUCCUGCAGGGGGGACUGUUGCUGAACAUUUCGUGCAUGAGUUUUACUCGUAUCUUCGCUCUCCAUUCCGAGACUUGCCAGCAUACGACGCAAUAGCUCAAUAUGACACCCCAGACAACAUCGAGCCACCCCCAACAACCAUUUCUCGCCCCGACACUAGCCAGCGCCAAACCGAACCUGGACCAUCUGGCUCAAGGAGACCUGACGCUCGCGAGAGGUAUGGUUAUGAUCCUGAAGACGACCCGCUCGAGGCCUCGCCGAGGGACGCACAAGACGAUAGCGAGCUGGACAUGGACGAGCGGUGGAUCGAGGUUCCGCCUGGUCGGAGGGGCGGUAGGGCUAGGAGAGAGGAUAUCUGGGAUGACGAGCCGAGGAGCAGGAGUAGGAGCAAGGCAAGGGAUAGGAGAGACGAACAGUUCGAGAGGGAAGAUGGUAGAGAUAGAGGGUCAGGGAGGGAAAGGAGUUCUCGAAGGGGUCGGGACUCGUCAAGGCGCGGUGAAGGGGAAGCUAGAGGUCGCGGGUCAAGGAGGGACAGAAGCAGGGACGAAGGAGGGUACAGGCGGUCGCCCACGCUAGGAAGGGAUCGGUCAUCGUCGUCAAGUCCAUCGUCAAUGCGAGACAGAGGCUGGUAUGCAAGCGGUGGCCGACAGUCCAAGAGGCAGCCAUCAACAUCAAGGUCUCCGUCUAUACGAGACCGAAAAGGCAAGCGACGGGCAGACGACUAUAGACAAAGGGAUACAAGUCGAGAUGGCGAUUCUGGCAGGAGGGGCCACAAGGACAAGAGCCGGACUGGGUACGAUGGCAGGAAAGGUGGAAUCGGGGAACGUGGCGCAACUCAAUGGGAAACAGGGACUAGCUACACCAAGGAUCGGAACAAUGACGAACCGCACAAUCGCAAUCAAGGGCAAAAGGGGAAAUACAAUGAUGCGCGAGCGGGGAUUGACAAUGACGAACACAAGGGGAAGAACGAUACCCGCAAACGGUGGGAUGGGGAUGACGAGAGAGGCUCAGCUGUUCGAUAUCGAGAUGAUGAUGGCGAUGGAGGAAAAGCUCACUCUGCACGCUUUCCGGAGUCUUUACGCCAUAGAGGAGAUGGUAGCUCCGACGACUCGGCUCGCAAUAAUGACCAACAACCCCCCUACUCUUCUCUUCACCGAUUCUCCCCGGAAGAUUAUGACGAAUAUUCAGCUAGACGACGUUCCCACCCCUAUGAAGAGCGAAAAUCUCAGUCCGAGUACGAUUAUGACCUAGACUCUUCCGUUCAUAACCGACCGAUGUCACACGAACCCGCUCCCAGACCCUCGAAGCGCACCCGAAGCCCCUCACCGAAAAGCAAUAAGGAGGAAACGGGCCGAGACCAAAAGCGAGUCGCGGUGGAUGGACAUCAUGAGCAUGAUUCGCAUCGCUCGCCUUCAACUAAUACCCGGUCCCACAAAACUCAUGGGAGCUAUCGGUCUGGGUCCAUACCCAGAGAUACGCAAACACGUUCCCGCAGUCGCUCAACCAGUCGGCCCGCCCAUCACCACAACGUGCAGGAGCCCAAAGCAUCCGGAGUGGAGCGUUCUGGCACUGCCUUGGAGUCUGUCCAUCCCUCGUUUGGUCACAUACCUCCCGUGGUCGAUCAGCCUCUGUCAACACAGCCCGGUGACAAUCGAGAGACCACAAGGACAGAUACGACAAAGGUCGAGAGACAUCGCGCGCCGCGUUUAACACCUCUUGCAUCUAUUCGCGCGCAUUUGCAAGGGCGAUCUCGGUCUUCGGACCAAGACACGAUGAACGAAGGUGUUGGGAUCAAAGCUAGCCCUAGUCAGUCGACAACUCCAGUUGAAUCGAGUGCGACAAAUGAUUCCACCUUGUUGCCGAGCGCAGUCGAACGAUCAUCCCUGGCGCUAAACACUCUGAAUACAAACUCAAUUCACGUCAGGCCAGAUUCGUCAGAGGAACCAAAUGGGUCGAGUGUUUCAUACUCCAUUCUUGGAGCUGCAGCUGCUGCACGUUCUCAAGUCCAGCCUCCGCUUAUCACAACCAGUUCUGACUCGACACAACGUGUGCGCCCUAAUUCCACAGUGGGGCGCAAUCGCCUGGUGCUCGCACGCCUUGAGGCCUUACGUUCAGCGACAGACUCAAGCUCCCAUCUGUCUGAGAAUGCUUUGUCUGGCGAGGCUCUGCCGGAGAAGACCUCCGCAUCACCGACUCUGCCCGACUCGCUUGGGAACCAGAGCGCCACAAAUACGCAACAUGACGACGGCCAGUUGUCCACUAGCCCGAUUAGGCAACUGGGCGCUGAUCCGGCGGAUGUCAACGCGCCGGCGGCACGGUUUCAAGUUGAACGUAGGCUAAAGCUACAGGCUAGGCUCGCUGCUCGUAAACGCGAGAUUAAUGCUGUGGUGGGUCCCAAGGAUGCGUCCCCACUCUGA